AUGGGAAAAACGCAAAUAUGGGAAAAACGCAAAUAUGGAAAAACGCAAAUAUGGGAAAAACGCAAAUAUGGGAAAGACGCAAAUAUGGGAAAAACGCUAAUAUGGGAAGACGCAAUAUGGGAAAAACGCAAAUAUGGGAAAAACGCAAAUGUGGGAAAAACGCAAAUAUGGGAAACACGCAAAUAUGGGAAAGCGCAAAUAUGGGAAAAACGCAAAAAAGGGAAAAACGCAAAUAUGGCAAGAAUGAAAAUAUGGCAAGAACGCAAAUAUGGCAAGAACGCAAAUAUGGCAAGAACACAAAUAUGGCAAGAAUGUAAAUAUGGCAAGAACGCAAACAUGGCAGGAACGCAAAUAUGGCAAGAACGCAAAUAUGGCAAAAACGCAAAUAUGGCAGAAACGCAAAUAUGGCAGAAACGCAAAUAUGGCACAAACGCAAAUAAGGCAGAAACGCAAAUAUGGCAGAAACACAAAUAUGGCAGAAAUGCAAAUAUGGCAAAACCGCAAACAUGGCAAAACUGCAAACAUGGCAAAACCGCAAACAUGGAAAAAACGCACAUUUGGGAAAACCGCAUAUAA